UGAGGGGCGGUGGCCCAGCGGCGGGAGAUUCAAACCUGGAAGAAGGAGGAACAUGGAGGGGAGAGGAAUGGGCCCCAGCCGUGCGGUCUAUGAACGCCUCACAGCUGAGGAGAUGGAUGAGCAGAGGCGGCAGAAUGUAGCCUACCAGUACCUGUGCCGGCUAGAGGAAGCCAAGCGCUGGAUGGAGGCCUGCCUGAAGGAGGAGCUUCCUUCGCCAGUGGAGCUGGAGGAGAGCCUUCGGAAUGGAGUGCUGUUGGCCAAACUAGGCCAUUGUUUUGCACCCUCUGUGGUUCCCUUGAAGAAGAUCUAUGACGUGGAGCAGCUGCGGUACCAGGCAACUGGCUUGCACUUCCGUCACACAGACAACAUCAACUUUUGGCUGUCUGCAAUAGCCCACAUUGGUCUGCCUUCGACCUUCUUCCCUGAGACCACAGACAUCUAUGACAAGAAGAACAUGCCCCGGGUAGUCUACUGCAUCCACGCACUCAGUCUCUUCCUUUUCCGGCUGGGAUUGGCCCCACAGAUACAUGAUCUAUAUGGAAAGGUGAAGUUCACAGCUGAGGAACUCAGCAACAUGGCCUCUGAACUGGCCAAAUAUGGCCUCCAGCUGCCUGCCUUCAGCAAGAUCGGGGGCAUCCUGGCCAAUGAGCUCUCAGUGGAUGAGGCUGAAGUCCAUGCUGCUGUUCUUGCCAUCAAUGAGGCAGUGGAGCGAGGGGUGGUGGAGGACACACUGGCUGCUUUGCAGAAUCCUAAUGCUCUGCUGGGAAAUCUUCGCGAGCCUCUGGCAGCCAUCUACCAGGAGCUGCUGGCCCAGGCCAAGAUGGAGAAAGCUGCCAAUGCCAGGAACCACGAUGCUGGAGAAAACCAGGACAUCUAUGACUGCUACCUAACUCAGGCUGAAAUCCAGGGCAACAUCAACCAUGUCAAUGUCCAUGGAGCGCUAGAAGUGGUUGAUGAAGCCCUGCAAAGACAGAGCCCUGAGGCCUUGCUUAAGGCCCUUCAAGACCCUGCAUUGGCCCUGCAAGGAGUGAGACGAGACUUUGCUGAUUGGUACCUGGAACAACUGAGCUCAGACAGAGAGCAGAAAGCACAGGAACUGGGCCUGGAGGAGCUUCUGGAAAAGGAGGAGGUCCAAGUGGGUGUGACUGCAGCCAACAUGAAGGGUGAUCAGGAACAAGCCAUGCUCUGGGCUGUGCAGAGGAUCAACAGAGCCAUCCAGAGGGGAGUGGCUGCUGAUACUGUGAAGGAGCUCAUGUGUCCUGAAGCCCAGCUGCCUCCAGUCUACCCCUUUGCCUCAACUCUGUACCAGCAAGAGCUGGCAGUGCUCCAGAAGCAGCAAGAGGGGGAGCUUGACCAGGAGGAGCUCUUCGUGGCUGUGGAAAUGCUCUCAGCAGUGGUCCUGAUUAACCAGGCCCUGGAAGCCAGGGACGCCAAUGGCUUCUGGAACAGUCUGGUGAACCCUGCCACUGGCCUGGCUGAGGUGGAAGGAGACAAUGCUCAACGUUACUUUGAUGCUUUGGUGAAGCUGCGACAGGUGCGUGGAAUAGAUGGGACCAUGUUGAGCUGGAAUGACCUGCAGGCCACUGUGUGCCAGGUCAAUGCCCAUGUCCAGGAAGAGACCGAUCAGGUCCUUGCUGUCAAUCUCAUCAAUGAAGCUCUGGACCAAGACAACCCUGAGAAGACUAUCUCUGCCCUGCUGCUUCCCACUGCCGGCCUGGAUGGUGUCAGCCUCCCUGUUGCCCCUCGGUACCAUCUCCUCCUAGUGGCAGCCAAAAGGCAGAAGGCCCAGGUGACAGGAGACCCUGGAGCUGUGCUGUGGCUGGAAGAGAUCCGCCAAGAAGUGGUUAGAGCUAACCGGGAUACUGACACAGCUCAGAGAAUGGCUCUUGGUGUGGCCGCCAUCAAUCAGGCCAUCAAAGAGGGCAAGGCAGCCCAGACAGAGCGAGUGUUAAGGAACCCUGCCGUGGCCCUCCGAGGGGUGGUUCCCAACUGUGCUAAUGGCUACCAGCGAGUCCUAGAAGAUAUCAUGGCAAAGAAGCAGUGCCCAGGGGACACAGCUUUCUGGGUUCAACAUGACAUGAAGGAUGGCGCUGCCUACUACUUCCAUCUGCAGACAUUCCAAGGGACCUGGGAGCAGCCCCCCGGGUGCCACCUCAAUACUUCUCAUCUGACACGGGAGGAGAUCCAGUCAGCUAUCACCAAGGUCACCGCUGCCCACGACCGCCGGCAGCUCUGGAAGGCCAACGUCGACUUUGUCAUCCGGCUCCAAGCCCGCCUCCGUGGCUUCCUGGCUCGGCAGAAGUUUGCUGAACGUUCCCACUUUCUGAGGACCUGGCUCCCUGCAGUCAUCAAGAUCCAGGCUCAUUGGCGGGGUUGCAGACAGAGAAAGAUUUAUCUAGAACGGUUGCAGUAUUUAAAGGCAAACAUGGAUGCCGUGAUCAAGAUCCAGGCAUGGGUCCGCAUGUGGGCAGCUCGGAGGCGAUACCGAAAGCGUCUGGGCUACUUCCAGAAGAAUGUUAACUCCGUUGUGAAGAUCCAGGCGUUUUUCCGAGCCAGGAAAGCCCGGGGUGACUAUAGAGCCUUAGUCCACAUGUCCCAUCCCCCUCUCAGCGUAGUACGAAAAUUUGCCCACCUCUUAAAUCAAAGCCAGCAGGACUUCUUGGCUGAAGCAGAGCUACUGAAGCUCCAGGAAGAGGUAGUCAGGAAGAUCCGGUCCAAUCAGCAGCUAGAACAGGACCUCAACCUCAUGGACAUCAAGAUUGGCCUGUUGGUAAAGAACCGGAUCACACUACAGGAGGUGGUCUCCCACUGCAAGAAGCUCACCAAAAAGAAUAAGGAACAGCUUUCAGACAUGAUGGUUCUGGACAAACAGAAGGGAUUAAAGUCUCUGAGUAAAGAGAAACGGCAGAAACUAGAAGCUUACCAACACCUCUUGUACCUGCUCCAGACUCAUCCUAUCUAUCUGGCCAAGCUGAUCUUCCAGAUGCCACAGAACAAAACCACCAAGUUCAUGGAGUCAGUGAUUUUCAGCCUAUACAACUAUGCCUCUAACCGCCGUGAGGCCUACCUUCUACUCCAGCUCUUCAAGACCGCACUCCAGGAGGAAAUCAAGUCAAAGGUGGAGCAGCCCCAGGACAUGGUGACAGGUAACCCUACUGUGGUGAGACUGGUGGUGAGAUUCUACCGUAAUGGGCGGGGCCAGAGUGCUCUGCAGGAGAUUCUGGGCAAGGUUAUCCAGGAUGUGCUGGAAGACAAGCUGCUCAGCGUUCACACAGACCCUGUCCACCUCUACAAGAGCUGGAUCAACCAGACUGAGGCCCAGACAGGGCAGCGCAGCCAUCUCCCCUAUGAUGUCACCCCAGAGCAAGCCUUGAGUCACUCUGAGGUCCAGAGACGGCUGGACAUCUCCCUUCGCAAUCUCCUCGCCCUGACGGAGAAGUUCCUUGUAGCCAUCAUGUCAUCUGUGGACCAAAUUCCGUAUGGGAUGCGAUACGUGGCCAAGGUCCUGAAGACAACUCUGACAGAGAAGUUCCCCAAUGCCACAGAGAAUGACAUCUACAAGGUGGUAGGAAACCUUCUGUACUACCGGUUCCUGAACCCAGCUGUUGUGGCCCCCGAUGCCUUUGACAUUGUGGCCAUGGCGGCAGGUGGCGCCCUGGCAGCCCCCCAGCGCCACGCUUUGGGAGCUGUGGCUCAACUCCUGCAGCAUGCUGCGGCUGGAAAGGCCUUCUCUGGGGAGAGCCAGCACCUGCAGGUCUUGAAUGACUAUCUGGAGGAGACUCACCUCAAGUUCAGGAGGUUCAUCUGCCGAGCCUGCCAGGUACGAGAGCCUGAAGAGCGCUUUGCGAUGGACGAGUACACGGACAUGGUGGCUGUGGCCAAGCCCAUGGUGUACAUCACCGUGGGGGAGCUGGUCAACACACACAGGUUGUUGCUGGAGCACCAGGACUUGAUUGCCCCUGAUCACCGCGACCCCCUGCACGAACUCCUGGAGGACCUUGGGGAGCUGCCGACUGUCUCUGACCUCAUUGGGGAGAACAUAACUGCAGAUGGGAACGUAGAUCUGAGCAAGCUGGAAGUGUCACUGACACUCACAAACAAGUUUGAAGGGCUGGAAGCAGACACCAAUGAUACCAACGCCCAGAGCCUACUGCUGAGCACCAAGCAGAUGCUGUCUGACAUCAUGCAGUUCCACCCAGGGGACUCCAUUGAGGAGAUCCUGUGCCUCUCGGCAUCCAGAGAGCAGGAAGCUGCCCACAAGCGACUGAUGUGCAGACGUGAGGCCUGUGAGGCCCAGACUCCAGAGCCGCUUCGACGAUACCACUCGCUGACAGCUCACUCCCUCUUGCCACUGGCAGAGAAGCAGCGGCGGGUGCGAAGGAACCUGCGCCGGCUGGAGGGCCUUGGGCUGGUCAGUGCCAGCGACGGCUACCAGGGGCUGGUGGAUGAACUGGCCAAGGACAUCUACAACCAACGCAGAUACCGGCAGCGGCGGAAGGCAGAGCUGGUGAAGCUGCAAGCCACUUUCCAGGGCCUGAGCACCAAGACCACCUUCUAUGAGGAGCAGGGCGACUAUUACAGCCAGUACAUCCGGGCCUGCCUGGACCACCUGGCCCCCAGCUCCAAGAGCGCUGGAAAGAGGAAGAAGCAGCCAUCCCUUCAUUACACCGCUGCACAGCUCCUGGAGAAGGGUGUCUUGAUAGAAAUCGAGGAUCUUCCCAAUUCUCACUUCAGAAAUGUGAUCUUUGAUAUCACCCCUGGAGACGAAGCAGGAAAGUUUGAAGUAAAUGCCAAGUUCCUGGGAGUGGAUAUGGAGCGAUUUCAACUUCACUAUCAGGACCUCCUGCAGCUCCAGUAUGAGGGUGUGGCUGUCAUGAAACUCUUCAACAAGGCCAAGGUCAAUGUUAACCUUCUCAUCUUCCUCCUCAAUAAGAAAUUCUUGCGGAAGUGACUGAGGCAGUGGGUGCUACCCAUGCUCCUCUUACCUCACUGGAUGCUUUUCUGAACACUAACUUACUACUCAGCUUCCCUUCAGACAACCAGAGCUCAGGACUGGGUAGGACUGAGGAGCCUCACCCCUUCCCCAGCUGGAAGGAGUCUGUCUACCUGACUACAGGCAGGGUCUCUAAUUGGCUAAGGUGAGCCUUGCCCCAGAGUCUGGCUGUGUGACUUUUAAGUCCCAGAACCCCAUGGUUUUCGGGCCAGAUGGUCGGGUAUGAAGCCAGGGCCUGCCCUUGGGCUGAGGAAGGCUACUGCUCUGAUGCCUGUGGCUGCCCUCCCGUGGUGACCCCACUGUCUGAUUUCCCUCCACUUUCCUUCCCUGCAACCCCAAAGCCAGGCCAGGGCUCUUCCUUCUCCCCCACUAUAUCAGCUGUGGAUGUUCCUGCCCAGCUGAAGCCCUACUGCUCUGCUGUGCUCCAGCCCUUGUCCAUACCCAGGAGGGACAGGCAGUACUUGUUAAUGCCCACUGGCACUGUGGCACUGUUGUCCUCCAUGACUGCUAUGUCAGGAUGACCCUCCUUAACCUCAAACCCCAUUCCUUUGUUUAUGGUCUGUUUUAUAUGUGGGUCACUGGGGUAUUUAUUCUCUCCCCAACCCCUGCACUCUGGGCACUGUGCAGUCCUGGUCAUGAUCUUGAUGUUCCAUCUUUUUGAACUUGGAGAAGGAGUUCUCAUCUCCCCUCAAAAUAAUAUUCAUGCCACUCACUCUUUUAUACUUGUACUUAAAAGUCACCUUGGGUGAGGGGCAAUAAGAUCCCCACUCAUGUUUAAGAUCUCUCUAUUUCAGCUUCAUGUGAUACGAAGAGUAGUCUUCCGCUUUUCUCUUUCACCCUCAGGGCUCUUGCGCCUGAGAACCAACUCUUCCAGGCAACUCCGACAGACCUGCAGUCUUAUCUCUCUUUCUUGUCCUCAGCUGCUCAACUUCCUGUCCCUUUUACCCUGAUUUUAUUUCAAUAAAGCAGCUGUUACCCCUACAUCAGUUGUUAACCCCUUAUUUCAUUUCAUGAAGAACAGGCCUCCGAGUUCUGGGACAGACUUUCCCUGAGAGUCCAGGAGUCCUUCCUGCUGCUUCUCCAGCCUGUGCCUGCCUCCGUGCAGGCCCACUCUGCCUGCCUGAGCUCGUAAAAGCUUAAUGAGAUGUGUCCUUUAUUCCUCCCUUCCCUCCCCCAGGGGAUGGAGAGGAGGAAGGAAUGCUUAGGUUUCGAUUCUGCUUUUAUCGGCCACUCUGAAGACUAAAGCCAAAGAGGAGGAGAAACCAGUCCGAGUUCUACCCCACCCAUUUUGCACACAUUUCCAGCAGGUUCUUUCCCUGAGCCGUGACUGACAACACCUAAGGUGCUUGAGUGCAGCUCCUUCGGUGUUGUAGGUUCUACAUUCUGAUUAAGAUCCUCUUUCCAUAAAGAAAGCCCCUCCCUCCCCGGCCCUCUCUGCUUUCAGGAAGCAGGGAAGGGAAUCUGUGGGAAGGGGACAAUACAGACACACACCUGCCUCACACCUGAACUCCCAAGCCACCUACAAGUUUGCCUGGCUCAGCCUGCCUCCUGCACUGCGUUCCAUUCUGUCACUCAGGAUCUGUCUUGCUGUCACAUUCAAUCUCAGUCAUAUCCUCUUCCCCCCCUUAACAUGUCACAGCAAAGACUUCAAGUCCUGCCUUGCUCUGGGUGACAGUGGAUCCAACUUUUUCCACAUGAGCAGUCAUCAUUAAAAAUCUCACUUUCAAGGGCCUCCC